AAGUCAAAUGGUAGGAAACAAAGAUUGAGAGAAAUAUGAGGAGCUGAUCGUAAAUACAAACUCUUAUGAGGUUCCAGUUUCAGAAGCCAAAACAAUUCCGUAUCCUUCUCUCCUUUUCUUUCUCUCGCCAAGUUUACCUCUUUCCAUGGCGCUUCCUCACCAUUUCGAUCCUCACCUACAAGACUCCAAGUCUUUCAGAGACUUUUGCGGGAUCGACGGUCAGAUUUCACCACCAGCAUUAGGGUUCGAAAGCUCCACGAAUCUCCAUGAGCAUCCUCCGUAUAUUCCUCCUUUCCACGUUCCCGGUUUUGCACCUGGACCGGCUUUGCAAACCGACGGUGCUGAUGUUGGCGCUGGCUUCGAGUGGAACGGCAUCUAUGGUCGAAAGAGUCUAAAGGAAAUGGAUUUCAUGGAGAACAAUUCUCAGUUAUCUUCGGUUGAUUUUUGGCAAGGCCGGUCUGUCUCAACCGGUUUGGGUCUCUCCCUUGACAAUGCUAAUGGCUCGGCUUUGUUGUCGCUCGUCGGAGACGAUGUUGAUCGCGAGUUACUGAGGCAGGAUUCAGAAAUCGAUCGAUUUAUCAAGAUUCAGGGAGACCAAUUACGGCAAUCUAUCCUCGAGAAGAUCCAGACGAGUCAGCGUAAAACCGUGUCACUCAUGGAGGAAAGAGUGAUCCAGAAACUUCGUGGAAAAGACGAGGAACUCGAGAUGAUAAACCGAAAGAACAAGGAACUCGAGGUGCGAAUUGAACAGCUGACACUGGAAGCCGAGGCAUGGCAACAACGUGCGAACUACAACGAGAACAUGAUCGCUGCUCUCAACUACAAUCUCGAACGCGCUCACGGUUGGCCGAGAGAGAGCAAUAUGGAGGAAGGAUGUGGAGACAGCGAAUUGGAUGACACAGCCUCUUGCUUCAAUGGUAAGGCGACGAUGAUGAUGUGCAGGUUUUGUGGAGUGAGAGAGGUGUGUAUGUUGUUGUUGCCGUGUAAGCAUAUGUGUUUGUGUAAGGAGUGUGAGAGGAAGCUUAGCUCUUGUCCUUUGUGUCAAUCUUCUAAGUUUCUAGGGAUGGAAGUCUACAUGUGAGAUGAUAUUUGAUCCAAGCUAAAAACUCUAAUUAGCUAACGAACUCGUUUGUAACUUAUCUUGCUUUCUUUUGUUUGUUAAUAUUAACUUCUGUUGUUUCGUU